AUGUGUGAAACCUGCAGCGCAACCACCGGCAGCCAUGUCAACCGCAAGCAUUUCCGCUCCCGCCGCGGCUGCAGACGAAGUCGUGCCGCUCACCUGAGAUCGAGAAAGCCUACCGGAAGCAGAAGAAGGAACCGCCCACGUUUACGUAUUGUCGCAGAGCCCCAGCUACGAUAUAACACGUCUGUCGCUAACAGAUAUGCAUGGAGCGGGACGUAUUCGUUUACCUUCCUGAUCGGCGCUGGAGACGCGCCCAAGCGAUAUAUUCGUCAUACCUACGCGAGGAAACCGCCUGCUACUAUUGCAAGGGAUUCGACGCGGGGUUCAAGAGCGAGCUCGUUGAAGGCGAGACGCAGACGCACAAGCUGGACUUUUAGCAUGAGACCAACCACCGGGCCUGCAGACUCAUCUCACGUGAGAUAUUCUCACCAAGCCACUCCCCCAGGCCGUUUCUCCUCCAGCUUUUCCCUGUCACGAGAACGAUUGAUUGGCAGAUGUUUUCUCGAAGGAGAUUCGGUGGUGGAUACUCACGCGAAAAGCCAAAGCAAAAGCCCCCCCAAAAAAAACAAAAAAAAAACCCCCUCACAGAAUACCAGACUGCAUACAUACCGGUACACCUUAUCCCAACAGCAGGCCGUCUAUCUACCUAUGCAUGGACAGCCACAACCCCCCGUCUCUGCCCCCCGCCCCCUAACCCGCACCCAUCACCAUUUGCCCUCCUCGUCUGACCCGAAGCUAAAGCCACAACCGCAACUCUCUUCCCCUCCAGGAGCCGGACCAAGACCCUACCUAGGUCUCGCAGUUCCUCUCCCACUUCCUGUACCACAUCCCCUUCCCCCAUCCCCCCGAGUUCCUGCAUCGUGUCUCGCGGUACAUCAAGCCGGUUCGAAAGCAGCUAUGGGUGGAAACAUGAAGAAGAAGAAGAAGAAGAAGAAGAAGAAGAAGAAGAAGAAGAAGAAGAGUGUCGCUUGCAAGGCUGGCAUACGUGCCAGGUCUUCUAAUGAUGACACCCUCAGAGGCAUUCAAAAGUGUAGAUCCCCAAUUUAA